AAGGAGGGUAAGGACAGGGAGCCCCCCCCGGGUGAGUCCUGGAGGACGGGGAAGCACAGGGAUGUGCCUGGGCCAGGGCAUGUCACGAGCAGGAAGCGCUUCCUGCCCCACUCUUGUCAGUGCUGCUCAGCCCCAGCCCUGCUCCUGCCUCUCCCCAGAGCUCCCAGCACUAGUGAGGAUGGAGCCGACCAAGAUCCCACUCACCAAGAGGGUGGCUCCUGCUCCUCCGGUUCCUGCCAAGACCAAACCAGCUCCUGUGCUCGCCACCAAGCCCAGCGACCCCCAGCCCAGUGCCUCAGCUGAUGUGGAGCAGGGCAGAGCCGGUGACCCAGAUGCCCAUGGCUUCAACAUGGUGUCAGUUACCACAGCCAGGCUGAGCCACCCCACAGCCACGCGGCCACGAAUACCCGGCCAGCGGCCACCCAGCAUUGCCCUGGGGAGCACAGGGGGUCCCCUUGGGGAGGAACAGCCCCAGGGACUGCCCCGGGCUGCCCUCUGCGCCCCUGUCCCCAGCACGGGGCAGGCGCCUGUCCCACCAUGGAGCACAGAAGGGCUGGAGGUGGAGGGGAGGUCACUGGCCCUGGAGGACCUAAAGGCUGAGGUCCGGACCCUGCACAUCCUUGUGGACCUGAUGCGUGUCCAGCACCUGCGGGACCUGCAGGACCUGCGGCAGGAGCUGUGCCAGGAGCGGACUCAGCGCCAGGCACUGCAGGUGGAGAUCGAGCGAAUGAGGAAGGGGCUGCCCUGUUAGCACAGGGGGACUGCAGUGCCCACCCAUGGCAUGGGGCAGGUGGGUAGCACAUGGUUCCGUGUGCCCCCCAGCCUCACUGCCCCCAGCCCGGUUCUGCAUCCAUCGGGUACAAAUGCCCACUCUGCACCCA